AUGUCUGGUUCUGAUGAUUCCGGAAUCGCGCUCUCCGUGAGCCACGAGCGCAAUAUUCCCAAUGGAGAGUCAACAUCAGAAGAGGCCACGAUGAUGCUUCCAGGUGAACUAGAGAGUUCCAAGAGCGAUUCAGUGCCUGCCAAUGUUGCCGAACACCCAGCAAUACCGGCUCCAGAAACGGCAGCUACUGAGUCACAUCCCCCCAGCGUCAAGCCCGAAACGGACUGCGCUGGUGGCCAAGCGAAUCAAUCUGUCGAUGCCAAAGAUCCUGACACGGGGUCAGAUGCAGAGAGUGUCAGUAGUGGCUCUGAUGUCAACGAUCACAUCGAGCGUUGGAGGCGCAGACGCGACGACAUGGAGGAACGAAUCAAGCUUGGGCCAAAACGCGUGAGGCAGGCCAAUCAAUACAACAAGAUCUUGGAAGAGCGACUUGCGCUUCUAGAAGAGAGUACCACCCUCUUUGAACAGAAGCUGCGAAGGCUAAUAGAAGGAGAGGAAGUACCUCUUCCACCGCCUACGCCCGUGAAAGACACAAGGCGCAUGUUGGAGCCUGAGCUGAAAUUCCGCCUGUCGAAGGAUCUGAAGCAUGACGAAGAUGAAAAGCUAACUCAUCAAAUCGAUGUCUUCGUGGGAGACUCAGAGGUACCGAAAGCCGACAGGUUUCUACGACGAAAAAGGGAAUCAAAGACUGCGGGAGACGACUAUCUGAAUGAUGGGGCGAGUCUCCCCGACCCGACCUUGGAACACUCGUCGGCAUCCAGUGAUGAGCGUAGAUUUAUGGAAGAGAUGGCUAAGCUCAAGAGCAAACACCUUCCGAGCCGAAUUCGUUUGAACGAAAGCUCGAUCACCCACCUGUUCCGGAAGUUUUUCACAGGCGACGGUUCGGAUGUGGACAAUGUCAUUCUGCGACCCUUCAAGCCCUUACUGCACAAUAGGGAAGAGAUCUUCAACAUCAUGUCGGACGUAGUUACUGCACUGACUAAUAUGAUAAAACAUCGGGCAGAGAAGGAAGCAGCGCCGGCCAGUCGUCCCACAGAUCUGGACGAAAAGUCCGAAACAGUCCAGCCAGACGAAGCCCAGCCUAAGGAUGCCCAGCCUAAGGAUGUCCAGCGCGAUGGUGUUCAGUCCAAGGAAUCUGGUGAGGCGACAAGUAACCCUCAAGGCGAAGACGAGGAGAAGGUACUUGCUGAGGAGCGCACUGCUCCCGACGCCAUCUCAUCUGACGAGUGGAACACUGUUCUGACCGAGCUCGAACUCUUUGACGAGAACAACGGGUGCAAUGGGAGUGAACUGGACGGAUGGCCAACUCUGUCCGAAGUCGAGAAAUCUUUCAAGUGCAUCAAGGACCUCUUCGACAACUACCUACUGCCUAGCCAUGUGGACUUUCGGGAGCGCAAGGCGAAGAAGGUGCGCUUCUGUGACCUAUGGCACCUCUUCCACACUGGAGACCUCGUGGUAACGAAGCGCUCGACGAAUCUAGAUGGGACAGAAAGUCAAGCUCGAUUGGGCAUGAGGGUUCUCAUGACAUCUGGUGGUCGAAGAGUCAUCAUGCCAAAACUCCCGGCUCCUGUCUUUCAAUCUCCUGUCCACUUGCUUGAACCCACGGACAAAAUCGAGGCCAUUAACGGCAUCAAUCCAUUCUGUAUUUACGCAUAUUACUUGGAUUUCAAUGGCUCUAGGCUGGUCCCUGUCCGGCGACGAAUGAUCAUUGCCCCAUACCACGGAGAGCGAAACAUGCUCGACCUCGACGUCAUCCCCAUGGAGUAUACUGCCGGGGUAGCUGACAUGCUGGAAGAGAGGGGAAAAAGAUUCAUCGAGUCAGUCACAGCUCCCAUUGCGCCGUACGUGGAUUGCAAGGGCCUCGAGCUUGUCACUCGCGAGGAACUUAACGACAAGGUCAUCGUUGACAUGAAAGGGUAUUUCGGCACCAAUUCUGGCGACAUACCUUCGUUCCGGGAACCCGAAGAGGUCGACUUGUCGGAGACCAGCAAUUGCCGUCAAGGAAUGGAAUGUAGCUACUUGUGUUCUACCUGUUACCAUCGGACUUCAGUCGUGCAUGAUCAGGUGACGGACCUGGAAGCUUAUCAGGAGUACAUCGACGAUAAGCCGGUAUUCAACCCACUGUCAGGCACGUCAAAUGCUGGCCCAAUAGACCCGUCUGACUUCACCAUUUGUCACUACCGCGUCUUCGCUUACAAACUCCGUUCGCGUGAGUGGGUGCAAGUGAAUGUGAAGGACCUCGAAAAGCCACCGGAGACUGAGAAGGGUAGGGGAUUCGAUAAGCUCGUCUUAUCUGAAGACCACAAGCAUAUCCUUGAGUCUCAGGUACGUGAGCACUUCCGAAAGAGGGUAUCGCAAGCUGCCACGGGAAGUACGGAGAACGACAUGGAUCUAGUUCGGGGAAAAGGUCAAGGUCUCAUCAUCCUUCUUCACGGGGCUCCCGGUGUCGGCAAAACAUGUACAGCCGAAUGUAUUGCGGACCUGGUGGAGAAGCCGCUCUAUCCCAUCACAUGCGGUGAUUUGGGAAGCUCGGCGAAUGACGUCGAAGCCAACUUGAAGAAACACUUCACACUUGCCAGCCGAUGGGAUUGCGUGAUGCUACUAGACGAAGCAGACGUCUUCCUAGCGAAGAGGGUGCUCGAAGACCUCCAGCGUAAUAGCAUCGUAUCGGUCUUCCUUCGCAUGUUGGAGUACUAUAAAGGCCUGCUCUUCUUGACUACCAAUCGGGUGGGCACAUUCGAUGAGGCAUUCACCUCUCGCGUGCACAUCUCACUGUUCUACCCCGACUUCGAUAAGGAGACUACGCUCAAAGUGUGGAGAACCUUCAUCAAUCAAACCAGACACGUGCUGGCAAGCAAUGGCCGUAGUAACUUCGAUAUCGCUGAAGAUGAGAUCAUGAAAUUCGCCGAGAAGCACUACGAUAGAAACGAGCAAGCAAGUUGGAACGGCCGACAAAUCCGGAAUGCUUUCCACACUGCCGUAGCCAUGGCUGAAUUCGGUGCUCGGAACAAGAAGACCGACGGAAGCUACGACGACCUUCAGGAUCCGACAAUCAAAGUGGGGAAAGCAGAGUUCAAAAAGAUCGCCAAGACUGCAGAGGAGUUUGAGGAAUACAUGGAGGAUACGAUGAACGGAACCUUCCGCACCAAAGCAUACAAAGCGGGUCUCAGAAAGGAUCAGAAGGUGAAGAGAGAGAAGCCUAAGGAGAAGACGGCAAAGAAGAAGAAGAAGCCGUCCAAAUCGAAGAAGAAGAGCGAGUCGAGCUCGGGUAGCGAGAGUGAGGACGACGAUGACUCUGAUAGUGAUUAG